UACAAAGAGGGGAAGAAAUAAGUGUUAGCUAUAUUUAUCGUAUUUAUCAGCCCUUUCCUUUUGUAAAAGUUGUAGCUAGCUAGCUAGCUAUAGCUAGUUAGCUAGAUAGUAUCAAAGGCAGCACCAACACACUCAAGAUGCAACAUUAAUUUGACAUUUGUGACUAGAUGUGCACUAGGUGUGUAACUAAACAAAGUUUACCUGCACACCCAGCCAACUUGUUUCUUGCAGGAGAGUUCGUUCUGUUGGAAACCAUCCAGAUUUGCCUCUUAAUGAACCUGCAACAGAUUUUACAAAUGACCAAGUGACACAAAAGUUGCAGGAAGCUGUAGGAAGAAUUUCCAAAUCUUGUGAAGAUAUUCCAAUUGUUAUUGGUGGUCAGGAGUUUAAAACAAGUGAUGUAAAGUACCAAGUAUCGCCUUAUGAUCAUCAAAAUAAAAUUGCAAAAUUCUACUAUGCUGACAAGGAAUUGAUUGAAAAGGCUAUUGAAAAUGCUCUUAUUAAGCGACAGAAAUGGGAGAAUAUGUCAUACGAUGCCAGGUCUCGUAUUUUGUCGCGAGCGGCUAGUUUAAUUGCUACAAAGUAUCGUUACGAAUCAUUAGCAACGUGCAUGGUUGGGCAAGGAAAAACUGCAAUUCAAGCGGAUAUUGAUUGUGUAGCUGAACUUGUUGACUUCUUGAGAUUCAAUGUAGAGUAUGGAAAGAUGAUCCAUCAGAGCCCUCCUCUGCAUCAACCAGACAACAUAAUUAACAGUGUCACGUGGCGUGGUCUUGAGGGUUUUGUUGCUGCAAUUUCUCCUUUCAAUUUUUCUGCAAUUGGAGCACACCUGGCAUCCGCACCGACCAUGAUGGGUAAUGUAGUUCUGUGGAAACCCUCCGACACAGCUGUUCUGUCAAACUACCACUUCUACAAAGUCAUGCAAGAAGCAGGACUACCAGAUGGUGUUGUACAAUUUGUUCCUGCUGAUGGCCCUACCUUUGGUGAUGUCAUUAAAAAUAAUCCAGAUCUUGCAGGAAUAACCUUCACAGGAAGUUCAAGAACAUUCAGAACUAUUUGGAAAAAUAUUGGUGAAAGUAUCGACAAUUUCAAAACAUUUCCAAAGAUUGUUGGAGAGUGUGGUGGAAAGAAUUAUCAUUUUGUCCACGAGGAGGCUGAUAUAGAUUCCGUUGUAAAUGGAACGAUCCGGUCUGCAUUUGAAUACUCCGGUCAAAAAUGUUCCGCUUGUUCAAGAGUCUACGUUCCGGAGAACCUAUGGCCUGAGAUUAAAGAAAAGUUGAUCACCGAGAUAGAAAAGUUAAAAUUAGGACGAGGUGAUGACUAUUCUUCAUUCUUGAGUGCUGUUAUUGAUCAAACUUCAUUCAAUAAAAUAAAAUCGUACAUCGAGCACGCCUCUUCGUCGACCGAAUAUGAAGUACUGGCUGGUGGCAAGUGUGACGAUAGUGUAGGCUAUUUUGUCGAGCCCACUUUGAUCCUAAGUCAUGAUCCUCGUGGAAAACUUAUGUCAGAAGAAAUAUUUGGUCCGGUAUGCACAGUGUAUGUGUACUCUCCUGAUAAAGUGGACGCUGCGUUAGACCUAGUUAACACCACAUCGCCAUAUGGCUUAACAGGCUCAGUGUUUUCACGAAAUAGGGAGUUUCUGGACUGCGCUAGCAACAAGUUAAGACACACGGCCGGUAACUUUUACGUCAACGACAAAUCAACAGGUUCUGUUGUGGCACAGCAACCGUUUGGUGGUGCUCGUGGUUCAGGCACAAAUGACAAAGCCGGUAUGUUGACAUAUCUCCAAAAAUGGACAUCACCGCAAGCUAUCAAAGAAUCGUUGGCUCCCCUCCCACAUUGGUCGUAUCCUUACAUGAAGAAAUAAACAGUUUUUAUCCUAAUAGAUAUAUCCAUGAUGGUUUUAUGUUGUUUUUUUGUAUCUUUUGUGCCAAUAGAAUAGGUAUGUUAACUUUGUAAAAAAAUAGUCAGAAAUGUGACAAAAAGACAAGUAGUUUAAAUACAGCAGAACAAAAGAAUGCAAUGUUUAAUGUUUGCAAACUCAAAGGCAUUCAAGGCCACUUAUUCCGUAUUUUACAGCAACUUCGUGUUGCAGGCAAUCAAGUUGUACAAGUUCUGUGGAGUAACAGGGCGACCCGAAGUUAUGAAUUCGCAUUCUUGCAUACUUUCGCAAUCUUUUUCAGUUCCCUUUAAGUAAUUUGUUUCUUUUUGGUUUAAAUCUAGAAUUUUUUAUACUAGUCGUUAGCCCGUGGAAAAUCCGCGGGUUCGCCCGUCGCAGCUAAGCUACCAUUUUGCGUGACAGACAGACAGAAAGACGUAUACGGGCAUUUUAAUAUAGAUAAAAAUAAAUUGAUUUUGUUAUGUUCCUGUUUGUAAUUUUCUUUCAGUUUGCUAGGUUUUUUACAAAUAAAUUCGAAUGCAGUAA